GCUUUCGUCACCAGGAAGGGGGCGGAAAAAUUGUUUGACAGUUUGUUAGGAAGCUAACGCAGCCACCUAGAAGACGGCUUCCUGCAUCGAGUUUGAUUUAGUUUGACCUUCUUUUUUUUCUCUUUUUCGUCAAUUUGAGCACUAUCAUGACAUCCAUAGACGAAAGUGACAAAGAAAAGCUGCGCUCUGUGUCGGUAGACUUGAACAAUGACACCUCGCUGCUUAUUGACAUUCCUGAUGCUCUGUGUGAAAGGGAUAAAGUCAAGUUCACAGUCCAUACGAAGACUACACUAAGUACCUUCCAGAAGCCAGACUUUUCUGUUCCCAGGCAGCAUGAAGAUUUCAUCUGGCUGCAUGAUGCUCUGGUUGAAACCGAGGACUAUGCUGGUCUGAUCAUCCCUCCAGCUCCCCCCAAGCCGGAUUUUGAGAGUCCAAGAGAUAAGAUGCACAAACUGGGGGAAGGUGAAGCCACUAUGACUAAAGAGGAAUAUACCAAAAUGAAGCAGGAGUUGGAGGCUGAAUACCUGGCUGUCUUCAAGAAAACAGUUCAAGUUCACGAAGUCUUCCUGCAGAGAUUGUCUUCUCACCCUGUUUUAAGCAAGGACAGAAACUUCCAGAUUUUCUUAGAGUAUGACCAGGAUCUCAGUGUGAGGAGAAAGAAUGCCAAAGAGAUGUUUGGAGGGUUCUUCAAAAACAUGGUGAAGUCUGCAGAUGAGGUCCUCAUCUCAGGAAUAAAGGAAGUAGAUGACUUUUUUGAGCAGGAGAAAACAUUUUUGCUAGACUACUACAGCAAAAUAAAAGAUUCCACUGCCAAAGCGGAGAAAAUGACGCGUUCACACAAAAAUAUUGCAGAUGAUUACAUUCACAUUUCUGCCACUUUGAACAGCCUCUGUGCUGAAGACAGUACACCAAAUAAGAAAAACCUGGAGAAGCUGUCAGACCUGUUUGAGAGACUAAGAAAAGUGGAGGGAAGAGUAGCAUCAGACCAAGAGCUGAAACUCACAGAGCUGCUGAGAUACUACAUGAGGGACAUCCAGGCGGCCAAGGACCUUCUGUACCGGCGAGCCCGAGCGUUGGUUGACUACGAGAACUCGAACAAGGCCUUGGAUAAAGCCAGACUGAAGAGCAAGGACAUUCCUCAGGCAGAGGAACACCAGCGACAGUCCCUGCAGAAAUUUGACAAGCUGUCAGAAUCUGCCAAGAAAGAACUCACGAGCUUCAAGGGCAGACGAGUUGUGGCCUUCAGGAAAAACCUCAUAGAAAUGGCUGAGCUUGAGAUAAAACAUGCCAAGAACAAUGUGGCUCUUUUGCAAGGAUGCGUUGAUCUCCUCAAGAACAACUGACAUGUCUUCAAGCAUUAAUGUUCCAGCAUCACUAAGUGACCAAUCUUUACAAAUCCCGGCAUCCCAGGGAUGUUGCAUCGACAUGUCUCCAAACAUCGUGUCUGCUCCAACCUGGAUCUGAUACGCCUUUAAAUCCCCGCAAGAUACACCUGUAUUCUCUAAGCACAAUGUCCUCAUGUUUACAGAGUCCCUGUCUUCUGCCCUUUUGGUCCAUCUGUCUUAUUUAAUGUGGAUCUAUAGCUCAAUGUGAAUGUCUCCUGAGAAUUAGGUUGCCAUCAUGAAGGCCUUCCAUAAAUAUAUGCACCCUUAAUGGAUGUGAAAUCUUUCCAUUUCUAAGUUUUAUGCACAUACUGUUUGUUUUUUUUUGCCUUUUUUUCUCUCCUUGAACUCAGAUUACCAUCUAACUUUCUCCUUCAUUUUUGCUUCUAGAUUACUUUAAAAACACACUUACACCAGUUUUGUUUUUCAUCAUUCAUGUGCUUCAUGAGGACUUUUGUUUUGUUUUCCAAUGGAACUCUUGCAUAAGUGAAAAGCGUGCCUAGAAUAUGGUUGUAUUCAAAAUCAUACGCUGAUUUACAGCUAAGAAAAUAAUGACUGAAUUUGGAAAAAAAUGAAUAAAAAUGUUAAUCUUUCAAUGCUCAAAAUUAGAUUCACACAUGGUCCUUGUUUCUUAGGGAAGUUGCCUCAUGUUCUACAUUUAUAAAGGAUGUUUACGCAAAAUUUUGAAGAACAGCAUAACACAAACCGGAAGAAAAAAUCAAUGAUAACCAGUUUGUAAUAUGUUUGAGGACAUUCACUUCACCCAACCAUUUUUUUGCAAGUUACUUCUUUAGUUUUGACAAUGUCAUUUGUCUGUCUUUACUUUCCCCCCUUUCAUUUGAUUAUUAUUAUUAGUCUUACAAAAUGAACCUGGUAUUUGUAGAACAUCCUGCAAACAGUUUGUUUAUUGUGAAUUGAAGAAAAUGCACUUAAAAGGAAAAAGGCCCUCUACAAUCGUGUCCUACUCAUUGGAGUGUUAGAAUGCAUUAUAGUUUUUUAAAGAAAUGGAAUGUAUUUCUAAAAGAUUACAACUGUUCACAUUCUUUUUCAUAAUACCUUUUCUUACAAACAAUAGCAUUUUAUGGAUUUGUAAAGGCAUUGAAUAAAUUUAUCAGAAGUAUAA